GAUAAACUAUUCAAAGGUAAUGUGUGUGGCAAAAAAUUCACCAAGAACAGCAGUUUGGAUGGUCAUCUAAAAGUUCAUGUUGCAGAAAAAGAUCACGAUGACAUCCCUCUAUCCGACAAAUAUGUAUUACAAUUAAACAAAAAAAAGGAUUUGAGAGAACAUUCUUAUCACUGCAAUGUAUGCACUGCUACUUUUGAUCAAGAGUCUAGCCUUGCUGACCACCUGAGGAGUCAUCCAGUAGAAAAACUUUUCAAAUGUCAUGAUUGUGAUUCACAUUUUCCUUCAAAAACCCACCUCCUUGAACACAAGAAGAAACACAGUGAGCUAUUUAAAUGCACUGAAUGCAAUUUGGUUUUUGCUUCUCGUUCUCUUUUAUCUGGGCACAAUGUAGAAAAGCACACUGAAGAAAAACAGCAAGUAUCAUACGAAGGAAGCUGCCCUGGAGAGAGACCUUACCGUAGUACAUUUCGUAAUGCCACUUCGAGUGUUUCAAACGGUUUGAAAAGACACACUGAAAAGACACGCACAGACGUUGCGGAGAAGUCUCAUCAAUGCAUCCAUUGUGGUGCCGCCUACGCUGAUGUGAGCACUUUAAAAUUACACCAAAGAAGACAAUGUGCUAAAAAACCGCAUCGAUGUAAACUUUGUGAUGCAUCCUAUUUUGAUGUCAGCAGUUUAAAAAGGCACCAAAUCACACACAGUGGUUCUGGAGAAAAACUGCACCAACGUAAGCUUUGUGAUGCUUCCUGUGUUGAUAAACACUGUUUGAAAAAGCACAACUUAAAGCACCGUGGAGAAAUGCUGCCAGUUUUUACACCUGGAGCAAGUCAGACUAGACAGAGGCCCCACCAAUGUAAAUUUUGUGAUAUUGCUUUUAGUGUCUCAUACAGUUUGAAAAAACAUGUAGAAAAAGCCCACACUGGCGUAGCAGAAAAGUCUCAUGAAUGCUUAAACUGUAGUGCUGUCUAUGAUGAUAUAGUCACUUUAAGACUGCACCAAGGAAAAAAAUGUGCUAAAAAACCGUAUCGAUGUCGGAUUUGUAAUGCAUCAUAUUUCAACAUCAGCAAUUUAAAGAGGCACCACAAAUUCAAACACACAGGUUCUGGGGAAAAACCGUACAAAUGUGCAAAAAAGCACAAUGGAGAAAUAUCUAUCAAAUAUAAUCGUGUUGAUUCACAUGCUACUUUAACCAGCAGCCUCAUUGUACGCCAGAAGCAUGCAACAAAACACACUGACGAAAAACCUAUCACAUGCAAUCGUGGUCAUUCACAAGCUACUUUAACCAACCGUCUUCUUGAUCACAAGAAACUCAUCUCAAAGCCCACUGAAAAAAAACAUAAGCUGGAGGGAAGACACUCUAGACAGAAAACUUAUCCUGAAGAAAUGCUAUCCGUUGUUACACCUGGAGCAAGCCAGACUAGACAGAGGCCGUACCAAUGUAAAUUUUGUGAUAUUGUUUUUAGUGUUUCUUACAGUUUGAAAAAACAUGUAGAAAAAGCCCACCCCGGAGUUGCAGAAAAGUCUCAUGAAUGCUUAUACUGUGGUGCUGCCUAUGAUGAUUUAGUCACUCUAAGACUGCACCAAAGAAAACGGUGUGCUAAAAAACCAUAUAGAUGUCAACUUUGUGAUGCAUCCUAUUUCAACGCCUGCAAUUUAAAGAGCCACCAAGCCAGACACACUGGUUCUGGAGGAAAACCAUACAAAUGUGAUUUUUGUGAUGCUGCCUAUUAUGAUGUGCGCAGUUUGAAAAACCACCACACAAAUAGGCACCCUGGAGAAAAACCUAUCCAAUGCCAUCGUGGUGAUUCACAUUCUCCAUUAACCGACGGUCUGGCCGAACACAAGAAGCACACAACAGAGCACACUGAAGAAAAACAUCAGCUUGAAGGAAGACACUCAAGACAGAAACCUUACCAAUGUAGGUUUUGUGACUUCUCAUUUAGUCUUUUGUACAGUUUGAAGAAUCAUGUAAAAAAAGCCCAUGUUGGUGCCGGAGAAAAGCCAUAUCAAUGCAUGACUUGUGGUGCCGCCCACUCUGACUUAAGCGCUUUGAAAUCACACCAAGAAAAACGGCAAUGUUUUGAAAAACCGUACAAAUGUCAGCAUUGUGAUGCAUCCUAUUUCGAAAUCAGCAGUUUAAAGCGUCACCAAAUCUGUCACUCUUCUGAUCCAAGGCCGUACAAAUGUGAGCUCUGCAGUGCCUCCUACACAGAUUUACGCAAUUUGAUACGGCACAAAAUGAAACACACGGGGGAGAAACCAUAUCAAUGUAACUUGUGUGACGCUGCCUUUCUUGAUUUAAUCACUUUGAAAAAGCAUAAAAUUAGACAUGCUGGACAAAAAUUUGUUAAUGACAAUGAUAUCAAGCAGGUUUCUGCUGAUAAAUCUAAUUCAACUGCGGACCAAAAGAACUGCUGUGGUGGGAAAUCCAAAAGAUGUAAUACCAAUCCAGGUGCUGAUCUUGUUUCCAGCACAGCUGUUGAUUCUGUUUCCUCCUCGGCUGUUGAUUCUCAUUCCACCACAGCUGUUGAUUCUGUUUCUACCACAGCUGUUGAUUCUGUUUCCACCACAGCUGUUGAUUCUGUUUCCACCACAGCUGUUAAUUCUGUUUCCACCACAGCUUUUGAUUCUGUUUCCACCUCAGCCGUUGAUUCUGAUUCCACCACAGCUGUUGCUUCUGUUUCCACCACAGCUUUUGAUUCUGUUUCCACCACAGCCGUUGAUUCUGUUUCCACCACAGCUGUUGAUUCUGUUUCCACCACAGCUGUUGAUUCUGUUUCCACCACAGCUGUUGAUUCUGUUUCCACCACAGCUGUUGAUUCUGCUUCCACCGCAGCUGUUGAUUCUGCUUCCACCUCAGCUGCUGAUUCUGUUUCCACCGCAGCAGUUGAUUCUAAUCUAAAGCAAGAAAACUCGAAAGCUCCCAGCAAACGUUUCAAAUGUUCAUUUUGCAAUUCAAGUUUUGCGAAAAGAUCUAAUUUGGUUGUUCACCUGAAGAUGCACACAGGUGAGAAGCCAUACAAAUGCAAAGUUUGCCCCGCUGCUUUUAUACGCAAGAAUCGUCUGGCCAUGCAUCAACGCGUGCAUACUGGAGAAAAAUUGUACAGAUGUAAAAUUUGUAAGGCCACUUAUUAUGGUAAGGGCAAUUUUAAGAAACACAGGUUGAACCAUUUUGAAGAAAAACCUCAUAAAUGUGAAAUUUGCUGUGAAAGGUUUACCUGCCUAGCCCUGCUGUCAGUGCACAGAGGGGCACACAGCAGAGCAGAAUCUUUUGAGUGUAAUGUCAGUGCCAGUGACAGUUCUGUUUCUAUCCCAGGCAAGCCAACUGUUGUUUCUGGCACAAAAAUGUUGAAAUGUUGUGAUUGUAAUGCAGAGUUUCUCCACAGAAAUAAUUUUGCAACUCACAUCAAGUCUCACCUCAGGUUAACACCAUUUAAAUGCAAUAUCUGUAGUCAUGCUUUUCAACGCAAGCACCGCUUUGUUGUUCACCAGAGGAUACACGAGAGAGCGACCAUACCAGUGUAAAGUCUGUGGUGCUGCUUAUCCUGAGUUGGCGUCGUUAAGAACCCAUGAAAAGAAACAUGCCCCCAACAGACCACAACCACACCAGUGCACUGUUUGCAGUAAAAGUUUUUACACUUCAGCUUGUCUAAUAUCCCAUACAAAGAGGCACACAGGUGAGAAAACACACAAGUGUGAGAUUUGCAACAGUGCCUAUUAUUCAAAGGCGCAUUUGGUUGCACACACUAGGAAACACACAGGCGAGAGGCCAUUAAAAUGCCUUAUUUGUAAUGCUUCCUUCCGAUAUAAAAGCACUGUCAUAGUGCACUUGAAAUGGCACUCGGGGGCACGGCCAUUCAAGUGUGAUAUCUGCAGUGCUACAUAUGUGGAAAAGCGAAUGCUGGUUAAUCAUCAAAGAAAUCACACUGGGGAAAAGCCUUUCCAGUGCCAUAUCUGUGGCAUGAUGUUAGCCAAUUCUUUUGCAUUAUGUUAUCAUGUAAAGUCUCAUAACAGAGACCCAUUGCAGUGUAAAGAAUGCAAUGAAGAAUUUACUCACAGACAUCAACUUACAGCACACCAAAAGAUGCACAGCCGCCUGGCCGAGGAGGCACAACAAAUGAAACACAGUGGUCAGCCUGAUAUGGCCCGACGUAGGAAAAUUGCAGAAAAGCAGCCAUUUAAAUGUCACCUGUGUAACCAUGUUUCCCUUCAAAAGAUUAAUUUCAUUAUACACUUGAGAAAACACUCUGGAGAGAAACCAUACAAGUGUGACCAUUGCAGUGAGGCUUUUGCGGCACCUUCCGGUCUAUACAGUCACCUUAAAAAGCACUCCAAUAUAAAGCCUUACAAGUGCAAAGACUGCUUCAAGGCUUUUAAAUUCAAGAAUGGUUUAAGUGAACAUAAAAAAACACACACUGGGGAAAGACCCCAUCAGUGUGAGAGUUGCAAGUUUGCUUUUGCUCAUGUGAGCAAUUUAAUCAAACAC